UCUGUCCGUUCUGCCAUCUAUCUCUCUGACGGCGAGUUCACGCCCCAAGAAGCUUCAGCGAAACUUCCAUCUUUCGCUUAACCAUUACGACGGAUCAAAAAAUCAUAGAUAAAAUACCUCCUUUUGGCGGAGAGGUGAGGGAAGUAGCAAAACCCUCCAUUUCGGCGAGCGAUCGCGAGAUUUCUUCCUCUUGGUCUCUCCAUCGAUCGGCGAGGGAUAGCAGUUUUGCUGGUUGUUCUUAUGGUAUGUGAACUGCUGGUGUCCGAAUAAAUUCUUUGUUUAUGGCAUGCCUAAAGAGGAUUUGUAGCAAGAUUUAAAGAAGUCCGUUCCAAAGUUGGGAUUUUGAGGUAUAAGGGAAGUGGAUUGAUACCUACAAAAAAGAAAAGAAAAGAAAAGGAACUCCAUUAUGUUCAGAGUUCACUUCGUCCUUAUGGUUCUCUAGUUUGUUCCUAAAUUGUCUCCGAGCUAUGGCCCAAGCCCCUCUCGCUAGCUCUAUUUACUGGCAAAAUAGCUGCUUCAGCACAUAGUCCAUGGACCCUGUUGGACAGUCAGACAACAUCCACAAUAUGGAACAUUGUCAUAUUUGAAGACCUACAGAUUGGUUCUUUGUAGCAGGCAGUGCAUUGCAAUAAGAAACUGAAGUAAUGAAUCAUCAGGAAGAGAAAUUUGUGAGGUUUCAGGACUGGAAUUCAGACCGACCCCUGUGUUCGGAGAGGAUAUUUUCAGGGAAAAAACAGAUAACAUUUGGUUCAGUAACAGCGAUUUUUCGGAGAGGAUUUGAAUGGAUUAGAAACAUUUUUCACUCUCAGUCUUUAAGUAAUUCAUCUACAGACGAGGUAAAGCCUAGAAAGAAAAUUCUUGAUCCUCAAGGACCAUUUCUUCAAAGGUGGAACAAAGUAUUUGUCAUAUCCUGUGUAAUUGCAGUGUCUGUUGACCCGUUGUUCUUUUAUAUCCCAGUAAUCAAUGAUACAGACAAUUGCCUUGAAUUGGAUAGAAAGUUGGAAAUCACAGCAAGUGUCUUGCGUUUCUUCACAGAUAUUUUCUAUAUACUUCACAUCAUUUUUCAAUUUCGAACUGGUUUUAUUGCUCCUCCAUCAAGGGUAUUUGGAAGGGGUGUCUUGGUGAAAGAUCCAUCAGCAAUAGCGAAACGAUACAUAUCAUCAUACUUCCUAAUUGACAUUCUUGCUGUGCUUCCCCUCCCUCAGGUGGUUGUCUUGAUCAUAAUACCCAAACUGAAAGGGUCAGCGCUCCUAGAUGCAAAAAAUGUUUUGAUGUUUAUUGUUAUAUGCCAGUAUGUGCCAAGACUUGUUAGGAUCAUACCUUUGUAUCUUGAAGUUACAAGAACUGCUGGCAUAAUUACUGAAACAGCAUGGGCUGGGGCUGCUUUUAACCUUUUACUUUAUAUGCUUGCGAGUCAUGUACUUGGAGCAUUGUGGUACUUACUUGCUAUUGAACGACAAGACACAUGCUGGAGAUAUGCCUGUAGCAAAAAUAAAUGCACUGCCACCUCUUUGUACUGUGGUGGAGAAAAUAAAGGAAAUAAUGAUUUCUUGUUGGCAGCUUGCCCUGUAAGUGUUGCAAAUGCAAGUGCCUUUGACUUUGGAAUAUAUAUAUUUGCUCUUCAAAAUGUUGUCCAGUCAAGGAACUUCUUAGAGAAGUUGUUUUAUUGCUUUUGGUGGGGGCUCCAAAACCUGAGUUCUCUGGGCCAAAAUCUGGAAACAAGUACUUACACCUGGGAGAUCCUGUUUGCAGUUUUUGUUUCCAUCUCUGGUUUAGUUCUGUUUGCACUUCUCAUCGGCAAUAUGCAGACAUAUCUACAGUCCACCACUGUGAGGAUAGAAGAAAUGAGAGUGAGAAGGAGAGAUACAGAGCAGUGGAUGUCUCACCGCUUGCUUCCAGAGACCCUGAGGGAGCGAAUACGCCGUCACGAACAGUACAGAUGGCAAGAAACAAGAGGGGUUGAUGAAGAGAAUCUUCUCCGGAACCUUCCUAAAGACCUUCGUAGGGAUAUAAAGCGUCAUCUCUGUUUGUCACUCCUCAUGAGGGUUCCAAUGUUUGAACAGAUGGAUGAUCAACUUAUGGAUGCUAUGUGUGACCGUUUGGAACCAGUUUUAUACACUGAAGACAGCUUCAUUGUUCGUGAAGGGGAUCCAGUGACUGAGAUGCUCUUUAUCAUGCGGGGAAAGCUAGAGAGUAUGACCACAAAUGGUGGAAGAACUGGUUUCUUUAAUUCAGAUAUUCUCAAGGCUGGGGACUUCUGUGGAGAAGAGCUGCUCACCUGGGCUCUGGACCCUCACUCAUCCUCUAGCUUCCCCAUCUCAACGAGGACAGUGAAGACAUUGUCUGAGGUUGAAGCUUUUGCUCUAAUGGCUGAUGACUUGAAGUUUGUUGCAUCGCAAUUCCGGAGGCUCCACAGCAAGCAACUCCAGCAUACUUUCAGGUUCUAUUCACAGCAGUGGAGGACGUGGGCUGCUUGUUUCAUACAAGCAGCUUGGCGCAGGUACUCAAGAAAGAAACUUGAGGAUGCUUUACAUGAAGAAGAGGAAAGGUUGCAGGCCGCAAUGGCAAGUAGUGGUACAAGUUCACCAAGCCUUGGUGCCACAUUAUAUGCUUCAAGAUUUGCGGCAAAUGUCCUACGGACUUUGCGGCGAAGUGGAACGCGCAAGGCUCGGUUGCAGGAAAGACUUCCAGUGAUGUUAUUGCAGAAGCCAGCAGAGCCUGAUUUUUCUGCCGAAGAGCAUUAAUGCGAAGUUUUGUGACUUGGUACCACAUUUUGCUAUAAUGCAUCUUGAAGGCAUUGAUCCCAUCACAAGUGCUUUGAUUGUAUGGUCCAGAAGUAAAUGUGAGAGGAUGCAACAAGUUGUACAUAACAAGUUGACGAGGAUUUGGUUUGUAUCAUUAAAUUUUCAAUGUCAUGACCCAUGACACCGUUGUUUAACCUGCGUUAGUCUGUUCAUACAUUUUAUGUUUUAACAUUGGUGGCGUACAAAUUGUUGUGCGACAAAGAUCCCAGAACAGGAAUAUAGAUUAUAGACUAAUGCUAUUUGUAAAUUAUGAGUUACAUGAGGAGAAUUAAUUGAUGGAUUAAAGUAUGCCUGCAUUCCAGAUUCA